AACAUUCAAAAAUUUUAAGGAAUGGGGAUUUUCGACAUAGUCAAAGAUGAGGUCCCUGUACGAAAUACCCAGCAAGGCUCAAUUAUAAUCGUACCCGAUCCAGGGUUUUGUGUAAAGUUAAAAUCUAAAAAUCAGGAAAAAGUGUUUGUGAACAUAUGUACCUCUAAUAAAGUCCCAGUUCCGAAGGAUCUAAGUGAAGAUGAAUUAAGAUCAAUCCUUAAUGAUAUUGACAACUCCCCACCCUUCAAAGUCCCUAUGUGCAUAGGAGAACCGCACGCUGAGACUGACUCAGCUCAGAAAGGCUGUACCGCUUAUGAUGUCAUAAUCAACCCACAAUUCUACCAAAAAGUCAAAUCAUCAGAAUUGUUUGAGGCAUUUUUGAUGACAGUGAUAUUCGAAGGCUUGGAAAAUAAGUAUGGCAUCGAACUUGAAAGAAGCUGGAUUGUUUUAAAGAAUAAGAAAUGUAUGGGUAAACCACAAGAACAAUGUAUUCGAACUUCUAGUCGUCCUGCGAUUAUUGAAAUGAAUGAUUCUCAACCACCCAAACCAAAAGUGAUAGAGUUACCUGAUCCACCUUUUAAAGGUGAUACUCCCAAGUAUGAAAUAUUAAAGGUUAAGGAUGAUGUUAGUGGAAAAGUGCGUUGCUUAAUUGCACGAAUAAUCAUGCCAAAGCUGUUGUUAUUACAGUAAAACAACAUUUUUUUUAUUAAAAGAAAACAAACAAUAUCAUCGAUAUAAUUCCUAUCACCUGUCAGAUUGGAUCUUGUAAAUAGGGUUUUUAUUACUGUUGCCGACUGGUUAUACUACUGAACAUCAACUCAGAGAUUCAGGUACACCCAGAUGGCGAGUUCCAAAUUGGAACGAAUCGCGCGUCCUGGAUUCCAAUGCUAAUCAUCAUCCAUCUUUGCAUACUAUUUUUUUUAUUUAUACUGUUUCAUUUCUUCUGUAGUAAAGUGGUCUAAUUAAAGUCAGUCCGUGAUGUUAAUUACAAUGGUCAACAAUUUCCACGAAGUCCCUAUACUAAAUACUUAAUUCAAUAUUUCCGUUUAUUAAAUGUUUGGUUAUUUCAUUUCAAAUUUUUUUAAACAAGUGAACAUUUGUUUAUGCGUGCACUUGAUAUCACAUAUUUGUGAUUAGUUUGUUUGUUUUUUUUGGCUUCUAUAUAUAUAAUACACUUACUGACCUGUAAUUUUGCUUAAAUGAAUUUUUGGUUACUUUUUAUCCUAUAAUUUCAUCAAUUAUGCAUUGACUUAUUCAUCUUGAUUUUUGCUUACCAUCAUUAAUCCGUUUCUGUUUUCUUCUACCAUUUAACCGAUUGGUUUAUAUUCUUCUACUUUCGAUAGUAUAAUGAGAAAAUAGUGUUAACUUGAAGAAAUGUAUUUUACGUUUGCUAUACACUUCGAAGAAACUGAUCAAACAAUUUUCAAAGCAAGAUUAAUUAUAAAUAAACGAUAAAGAUAAGUAUAAAGUGAUGGUUUUACAAUAACUGAGAAAAAAAUAAAAAGUUAAUCUCAAAUGUCUCAAUAAACAAAGGAGUAAGAAUUCUGCUUGUCCAUUGUAAAAUAUAUUAUUUAAACAAGUCAUAGGAUUGAAAUUAUGCAACAAUACUUAAGACCGCGCUUCGAAAUUGUCAAUGCAUCCUUAAGUUUAUAGAAAUGUUAGGUAUCAAAAAC